AUGGUAUCAGGUCCAAUUGUCGUCAAUUACAUGGGCAACUUGAUGGUACUUGCUAGCAAAGAUGAUUUUGCGUUUCAAUCACCUCCUGGAUAUGUCUAUCGCUUUAUCAGAUAUCCAAAUUCUUUUCGUGCUACUCUUGCUCAAGUAUCAUCUGAUAUGUAUAACGCUCUUAUGGGCGCUCAUAAUUCUAUGGAUCGAAUUCAAUUGGCUAUUCAGCAGGUACCUACACACUCUAUAACUGCUUAA